AUGAGCGUCAUUCACAUUGUCUUGUUCAAAUACAAAUCUUCCGCCACCGCCGAAGCUGUUCAAAAUGCUGUCUCAGAAAUGUUGGCCUUGAAGAGCGGCUGCUUGCAUCCCACGACGCAGACGGCUUAUAUCAAGUCUUUGACGGGCGGCAAAGAUAAUUCGCCUGAGAAUAUUCAAAACGGGUUUACACACGCCUUUGUCGUCGAAUUCGCGUCUGUUCAAGACAGAGAUUAUUACGUUGACAAGGAUCCCGUACACGAGGCGUUCAAGACGAACAACGGGCCUGUCAUUGAGAAAGUCUGUGUUGUAGACUACACAGUCGGCGUAUUCUAG